CGGGGUAGGUUACUCAUCCAGGGCUCAGGUAAGAGGGCCCCGGUUGGGAGGCGGCACACCCAGGGGGGACGCCGAGGGAGCAGGAAGGAGCCAUGGACUCCGCCAGGAAAGCAGGUGCCCGGGCCGCGAUCUGGACCACAGGCUGGCUCCUGUUGUUGCCACUGCUGCUUCGUGAAGGAGCGCUGGCCCUGGAGUGCUACAGCUGCGUGCAGAAAGCGGACGACGGGUGCUCGCCACAGAAGAUGAAGACGGUGAAGUGCGCGGCGGGCGUGGAAGUCUGCACAGAGGCUGUGGGGGCGGUAGAGACCAUCCACGGGCAAUUCUCGGUGGCGGUGCGGGGCUGUGGCUCGGGACUCCCCGGCAAGAACGACCGUGGACUGGACCUCCACGGGCUCCUGGCCUUCAUCCAGCUGCAGCAGUGCGCCCAGGAUCGAUGCAACGCCAAGCUCAACCUCACCUCGCGAGGGCUCAACCCCGCAGGCAAUGAGAGCGCGUAUCAGGCCAACGGCGCCGAGUGCUACAGCUGCGUGGGGCUGAGCCACGAGAAGUGUCAGGGCACGGUGCCGCCCGUUGUGAGCUGCUACAACGCCAGCGACCGCGUCUACAAGGGCUGCUUCGACGGCAACGUCACCUUAAUUGCAGCUAAUGUGACUGUGUCCUUGCCCGUCCGGGGCUGUGUCCAAGAUGAGUUCUGCACCCGAGAUGGGGUGACGGGUCCCGGGUUCACACUCAGUGGCUCCUGCUGCCAGGGGCCCCGCUGUAACUCAGACCUCCGCAACAAGACCUACUUCUCUCCUCGAAUCCCGCCCCUUGUCCUCCUGCCCCCUCCAACCACCCCAGCUCCAACCACUCCGGCUCCAACCUCCUCGGUCAUCACUUCCACUCCAGCGCCAACUGCCCUCACCUCUACCACCAAACCCACCCCACCCCCAACCAGCCAGACUCUUCCCCACGACGCACAGCCCUCCCAGAAAGAUGAGUCAAGGUUGGUUGGAGGUGCAGCUGGCCACCAGGACCGCAGUAAUGUGGUGCAAUACCCUGCAAAAGGUUGGACCACGAAACCCUCAAGUAAAGGCUCUGCAGCUCCUGGGCUUGGAUUGGCAGCUGUGCUGUUGGCUGCGGCUGGUGGUGCCCUCCUAUGAGCUUUUCCACCUGAAAACUUCCCUCUCACCCUACUUCCCUGGCCCUGGGUACCAACUCUUCCCAGUACUUCCGUUUCGCACAUCUGGACUGGGCUGGCCCAGCCCCCUGUUCUUUUGAUGUCCCCAGUAUCCCCAGCUUCUGCUGCACUGGUUUGCGGCUUUGGGAAAUAAGAAUUACUGUUGUAUAUAUACUGCCAGGGUGUUCUAGCUUCUUGAGAUAGCAGCUGCACCCCUCUCGUGGUGCCCAGGACAGAGUGGGAGAAGUCCAUUGCCCCAGGGAAGGUGGGAGAGUUGCAGAGAAACUUCCCGUUCGCUUUCCCAUGGCCAGGUGGGAAUCUGGGAAGUGGGGCAGCAAUGGUCCCCGUCUCUCUGUGGGAAUUCUGUUCUCUUCUGCCUUGUUACUAGACUGUGAGCUCCUCCAGGGCAGGGACUGUGCCUUCCACCUCAGCGUGGCCAGAUGCUGGCACAGAAAGACUUCAAUAAAGAUUUAAUUACUUUGUAUGGUGCUUUAAA